AGUGAUAAGGAGGAGGCCCCUCUUCGAGUUCUCUAAUGGCUUCCAUUUUCAUGCGCCCAAGCUUCUCUUGCUGCUCUUCUUAUGGAGUCACUUCUCUUCACAAAGAAUCUCCAGCGCCAAAGAUUGGCAGAAGGGAAGUGGUUCUUAGGACCAGUGAGAUUGCGACAUUGGCUGCAAUCUUCCAUUUUGGUGGACCUAAGCCAAACUAUCUUGGUGUGCAAAAGAAUCCACCAUCUCUAGCAUUGUGCCCUGCAACCAAUACUUGUGUAUCUACUUCUGAGGAUAUUUCCAAUACCAGUCACUAUGUCCCUCCAUGGAACUACAACCCUCCAGAUGGAAGCAGAAAGAAGCCAAAAAGUAGAGAAGAAGCAAUCAAAGAGCUUUUACAAGUGGUUACAUCAACAAAGCCAGAUAACUUUACACCCAAUGUAGUGGACAGAAAGGAUGACUAUAUUCGGGUCGAAUAUGAGAGUCCUUUAUUGGGGCUUGUAGAUGAUGUCGAAUUCUGGUUCCCGCCCGGUGAUAAAUCUAUUGUUCAAUACCGUUCUGCAUCUCGCGUAGGAAGCAUUGACUUUGAUAUCAACAGGAAGAGAAUUAAGGCACUUCGGUUGGCAUUGGAGAAAAAGGGUUGGGCUUCUGAGAGCAAUUUUUAACAGUCCUUUUUUAGCAGAAACUUGUGCAUUUUUAGAACUCGUUGUAGAUUUUUCAUCAAAUUCCUCAUAGUCUAACAUCUUUAACGUUGUUAAAGAAAUGAAACACAGUGUUGAUGGUUCACUGCCAAUGUAAUCAGCUUAAUGAAGCUUAAAUUAUGAUGUAUCCAUUAUGUAUUUACAUAUUGCCCCUUGGAAAAACUUUAAAUUUCAUA